CGCGCAAGCGGAACCCAGGAAACCGGGUGGCAGCUGGGGGCGCCGGCAUGAUACUUUCACUGCGAAAGACCCACUGCCAGCCUCUCUAAUCUCUCUCUCCUUCUUUUCCUGGCUUGGCCCACCACGUGGUGCAUGCAAAAAAGACAAGCUCUCUCCCGCACGCCCGCCUCACUCGUCUGCUCUCUCUCCUCUCUCCCCUGCUCCUCGCUCCGGCGGUCCUGGACACUCUCCAGCAGCGAGCCGGCCCCGUCCUCGCCCGCAUCACGCCGGAGGAGCCGCAAGCGGCCGGCCCCGUCUCCAGUCGCCGGCCUCGCCUGCAUCUCGCCGGAGGAGCCGCAAGCGGCCGGCCCCGUCUCCCGUCGCCGGCCUCACCCGCAUCUCGCCGGAGGAGCCGCAAGCGGCCGGCCCCAUCUCCAGUCGCCGGCCUCGCCCGCAUCUCCCCGGAGGAGCCGCAAGCGGCCGGCCCCGUCGCCCGUCGUUGGCUCCGCGUCGCGCCUCCCCGGAGCAGCCGCGGAGAAGAAGGUUUCGCGCUCCCGCCCGGACACCGCCUCCCGCCCUCCCGAGCUCGCGUGGCCGCGCCUCCCGCCCUCGUAGCGGCACGCGAGCACGCGCGACGGAGUCCACACCAUGCGCCAUGCCACCGUCCGCGCGCUGGCUUGAUUGCCAUGGGGUGCGGCUUCUCGUCACGGGCAUUGGGCGGCCCGUAACCGUCGCGCGCGCCACCGCUGUGCUCGUCGGCCGGUACGUGUUGUGCUCGUCAGCGCACCUGCUGCAGCCGGGCCGCGCGCUGUUCCGGCCGGACGACGUGCUGCAGCCGGGAACCGUCUAUUUCCUGCCCCCGCACUCCAUCUUCCAGGCUGAGUCCUCCGCCGUGGCAUCGAACUCGCGGGCAAGGGCGCCGUCGACGCGCUCUUGCCCGGCGACGCCCAGCGCCGCACCAGCUCCGAGGCCGAGAGCCAGACCGCAAAGCCGCCCCGCCCCGCCGCCAAGAGCUGCGCCGCUCGUCGAGUCCAUGGGUCGCUCGUCCAUGCAGAGCGCGUCCACCAUGCGCCAUGCCACCGUCCGCACGCUGGCUUGACUGCCAUACAUGCCUGGCCAUGUACUCUGCUCAUAUACUACUCAAACAAUGGCCAUACAUGCCUGGCCAUGCAAUAGCUCGCUUCCGCUCAUCUCCGCCCGCGCGGGGCGCGCCGCCGUGCUGGCUCGCCUCCGCUCCGCUCCGCCCGCGCGUGCGCUCAGCGAGCCCCUGGUCCGCCUCCAUGCUUGAGCCCCGCUUCCCCGGCCUCGCACGUCCCGCUCCGGCCUCUGCGCCGACCCGCCGCUGGCGCCUGCUCUGCUCGCUUCUUCGCUGGGCGCGCGCCGAGGAGG